UACAGGGGGCCCUUUCCCCGAAAAGCACAGCGUAUCCCCAAGCAAGAGCAGACCAACUCCGCCUUCCUCGGUUUCUCCAUUUCACACUCACCGCCGUAGUUCUACUAGGAAGGAUCACGCGGCCCGAGCAAUCGGUCCGCCAUGUCUGCGUCGCCGGAGUUCUACAAGCCCGCGGCGCCUGUGUUCUCGCCGUGCGGCUCGCCGCUCCUUUUGCACGGGGCAGCGGCAGGAGCGGGAGCGGGAGCGGGAGAAGGCGCCGCCGCGGCCGUGUGGGAGGAGGAGCGCCGGUGCCGGACGCCGACGGGCGGGGAGAGCCAGGUGACGGCGCCCGGCACGUGCCCGCCGGCGCCGCGGAAGCCGCGGGCGGCCGCCGCGCCGGCGCCGUGCCGGAAGCGGCUGUUCGAGGUGGAGGUGUUCAGCCUGCGGCUGGAGGAGCUGGAGCGCCUGUUCUGGCGCCCGAACGCUGCGCCGCCAGCCCAGAAGAAGCGCCGGAGGGUGGCCUGCCCGGAGCCGAAGAAGACUAGCUAGUGGCAGCUCGAUGCCGCUUGAAGAGUAGCUGUGGUAGGUGCAAGCAAAGCCAAGCGGUUUUGGCUUUUGCAGCUGCUUCAGUUUAGGAGGUGCAUGGUAGGAUGUUAGCUAGGAGUACUGCGUUUUUAUUGCUGUACUU